CGAGCGGUGCAUUGUGGAGCCGCCGGAGCGCAGCAGGGGGUUGGAGCCCGCAGCAGCCGGGACCGGGACCAUGCGCCCCCAGAGCCGGGGCAGCCAGGGGCCCAGCGAGACGGUCGUCUGCGCCACCCGCGCCACGGUGAUGCUGUACGACGAUGCCAACAAGAAGUGGGUGGCGGCGGGGAGCGGCCCCCAGGCUGUCAGCUGGGUGCAGAUCUACCACAGCCCGGGCAGCAACACCUUCCGCGUGGUGGGCCGCAAGAUGCAGGCGGACCAGCAGGUGGUCAUUAACUGUGCGAUCGUGAAGGGGAUGAAGUACAACCAGGCCACACCCAACUUCCACCAGUGGCGCGACGCCCGCCAGGUCUGGGGGCUCAACUUCAGCACCAAGGAGGACGCCAGCCAGUUCGCCAGCGGGAUGCUGCUUGCCCUGGACCGGCUGGAGGCGGGCUUGGCUCCGUCCGGGCCCCCCCAGAACGGCCCCUCCCCAGAUGAGAUAGAGCAACAGAAAAGGCAGCAGCUGGAGCAGGAACAGGAGCGCCGGGUGGCCAGUGCAGGAGCUCCAGCGACCCCUUCGGGGGGAGGCCCCCCGCCACCCCCGGGACCGCCGCCCCCUCCAGGGCCGCCUCCGCCACCUGGCCUGCCCGCUGCUGCUGGGGGGCCGUCCCCCGCGACUGGGGGGCCACCACCCGCGCUGGGGGGCCGCCGCCCGCCCCCCCCUCUGCCUGCUGCGCAGGGCCCUGGGGCCGGAGGCGGGGGGGCCAGUGGCCUGGCAGCCGCCAUCGCAAGCGCAAAACUCAGGAAAAUCGCCAAGCAGGAGGAUGGCGCUGGGCCGGCGGGGGGCAGCGCUGGGACAGCCCCAAAGAACGAGGCCAGUCGUGGUGGGGGGGGCGGGGGCCUGAUGGAGGAGAUGAGCGCCAUGCUGGCCAGACGGCGGAAAGCCACGCUGCCGGGCGAGAAGCCUGGGCCAAAGAAAGAUGACGACGUUUCCAGCCAGCAAGACGCCGCCGAACCCUCAGGUACUAGGACCCCGAGCCUGCCGAGCGACUCGGUGCGGAGGCCCUGGGAGAAGAACAGCUCCACCCUGCCCAGGAUGAAAUCAGCUGCCCCCAGCAGCACGGAGCCCCCCGCCGCACAGAUGAGUCCUGACCUGGAGCGGAUCAAACAGGAGCUGCUGGAGGAGGUGCGCCGGGAGCUGCAGAAACUGAAGGAGGAGAUCAUCGAGGCGUUCGUGCUGGAACUGCGGAAGCGGGGCUCGCCCUAGCCCCCCUCCCCCCAUCCCGUCCGGCCGGGGGUCCCGGGGCUCCCGAGGCGCCUGUGCCGCAUACGGGUUUAUCGUCUUUGACACGCACCCCUCCCCCUCACACUUGAAGCCCCUCCCCCAUGCACCCCCUCCUCCGGCCGGUGGUUACCGGGGCGCCAGCCCCACUGUGCAAUUCCAGGGGGUGGCCCAAAUUCCUGGAGACCCCCCCCCCAUCCCCCUGGGGCUGCCCCGGGAGCUCCCAGGCUGUGCCUUACCCCGGGGGCGGGAGCAGAGCAAUAGCGCCCCCUGCAGGCUGCUGCCUACCAAAGGGCCCCUCCCCCCAGAGAGCAGGGCUGGGGGGGGUCUCCUGGAGGAGUCGGUGUCAUUCCUGCCCCCCGGGGCAGACGCAGAGCUGCCUCCCCCUGGGGGCCUGGCAUGACGGAGAGAUUCCCUGCAACACCCCUACCCUGCCCUGAAUUGGAGGGCCAGGGCCCCCCAGGGAUCCC